GGGUGGGCCCCUAGCUAGUGCGGACCCCCUCACUUUUUUAAUUUUUUUUUUAAUUAGCUAGAAUGAGCUUCACAAGAUUAAGUGUAGGAUUCAAGGGCUUGAAUGGCUUAGGAAGCAGACAAUUUCAUGCUGCCUCACCUGUAUUGUCUCAUAUUGGACGUAAACCUAUCGCCUAUGCUCAAGAAAUCAAAGUGGAACAUGACAUGACACCUAUUACUGAACCUCGUAUUCCUUCUGAAUUACACAACACGCUCUUGACAGUUACAGGCCCAUUAGGAAAGUUAUCGUUACCCAUCAAACCUUUUGUUCAUAUUGGUCUUACUCCUGCCGCCAAAGACGACCCCAACGCUGAGAAUUUAUUACAGGUCUCCAUCGAAAACGAUCAGGAAAAGCAACAACGUUGCAUGUGGGGUACUACUCGUGCAUUGAUCAACAAUGCCAUUAUUGGUGUCUCUGACGGCUACAAAGUCUAUUUACGUCUUGUUGGUGUUGGUUACAGAGGUCUUUUGGAAGGUGAUAACAGAAUUUUAUCUCUCAAAUUAGGUUAUUCUCAUCCUAUCCAAAUGGAGUUACCCCAAGGUGUCACUUGUACUGUACCUGCUCCUAACCGUAUCAUCUUGCAAGGUGCUAACCUUCAACACGUCACAGAGUUUGCUGCAAAGAUUCAACGUUGGAGAAUGCCUGAACCUUAUAACCAAAAGGGUAUCUUUAUCAAUGACGAAACCAUCAAGAAGAAGGAAGGAAAGAAGAAGUAAAAAAGAUGAUUUUUUUAACAAAAAAUAAAUGUAUAUAUAUCAAUAAAAACCUAGAUGUUUGUUUUUCAUUUA